GGGCUGGGGGCGGGGCCGGGCGCCGCGAGCCCCUCCUCUCGAGGGCCGGCCGGUUUGGCGGCGGCUGCGGAGGGUAUCUGAGGCUCGGCUGCCAAGCCGAACGGGCUCUGGCUCCUCCCAGUGGCCGGCCGGGGCGGAAGCAGGAGGCGGGGGCAGCGUGCGCGCUGCUGGUCUUCUCUCCCGCGGCGCUGGGGCCCGCGCUCCGCUGCUGUUGCUCCAUUCGGCGCUUUUCUGGCGGCUGGCUCCUCUCUGCUGCCGGCUGCUCCUCGACCAGGCCUCCUUCUCAACCUCGGCCCGCGGCGCCGACCCUUCUGGCACCCUCCCGCCCCGUCUCGUACUGUCGCCGUCACCGCCGCGGCCCCGGCCCUGGCCCCGAUGGCUCUAUGCAACGGAGACUCCAAGAAUCUGAUCAUGAUACAACAAAGAGAUCCAGUGUGGGACAUUCUACAAAAAGCUGGUCUGAUCUUUAAAAAAGGUCAAUGCCAUAAAAGACUAUAAAAAGUUUUAAUGUCAUGAAAUAUCUCCUAGAGUUGCUUUAAUGUGAAGUAUUUUCCUGGAGUCACUUCCUUUGGGACGUUGCCAUUCUUUCCAUCACAACCAGUUUCCUCACUGAUGUUGCUGGAGAAUGCUGGAGGAGACCUUAAGGAUGGCCAUCACCACUAUGAAGGAGCUGUUGUCAUUCUGGAUGCUGGUGCUCAGUACGGGAAAGUCAUAGACCGAAGAGUGAGGGAACUGUUCGUGCAGUCUGAAAUUUUCCCCUUGGAAACACCAGCAUUUGCUAUAAAGGAACAAGGAUUCCGUGCUAUUAUCAUCUCUGGAGGACCUAAUUCUGUGUAUGCUGAAGAUGCUCCAUGGUUUGAUCCAGCAAUAUUCACUAUUGGCAAGCCUGUUCUUGGAAUUUGCUAUGGCAUGCAGAUGAUGAAUAAGGUAUUUGGAGGUACUGUGCACAAAAAAAGUGUCAGAGAAGAUGGAGUUUUCAACAUUAGUGUGGAUAAUACAUGUUCAUUAUUCAGGGGCCUUCAGAAGGAAGAAGUUGUUUUGCUUACACAUGGAGAUAGUGUAGACAAAGUAGCUGAUGGAUUCAAGGUUGUGGCACGUUCUGGAAACAUAGUAGCAGGCAUAGCAAAUGAAUCUAAAAAGUUAUAUGGAGCACAGUUCCACCCUGAAGUUGGCCUUACAGAAAAUGGAAAAGUAAUACUGAAGAAUUUCCUUUAUGAUAUAGCUGGAUGCAGUGGAACCUUCACCGUGCAGAACAGAGAACUUGAGUGUAUUCGAGAGAUCAAAGAGAGAGUAGGCACGUCAAAAGUUUUGGUUUUACUCAGUGGUGGAGUAGACUCAACAGUUUGUACAGCUUUGCUAAAUCGUGCUUUGAACCAAGAACAAGUCAUUGCUGUGCACAUUGAUAAUGGCUUUAUGAGAAAACGAGAAAGCCAGUCUGUUGAAGAGGCCCUCAAAAAGCUUGGAAUUCAGGUCAAAGUGAUAAAUGCUGCUCAUUCUUUCUACAAUGGAACAACAACCCUACCAAUAUCAGAUGAAGAUAGAACCCCACGGAAAAGAAUUAGCAAAACGUUAAAUAUGACCACAAGUCCUGAAGAGAAAAGAAAAAUCAUUGGGGAUACUUUUGUUAAGAUUGCCAAUGAAGUAAUUGGAGAAAUGAACUUGAAACCAGAGGAGGUUUUCCUUGCCCAAGGUACUUUACGGCCUGAUCUAAUUGAAAGUGCAUCCCUUGUUGCAAGUGGCAAAGCUGAACUCAUCAAAACCCAUCACAAUGACACAGAGCUCAUCAGAAAGUUGAGAGAGGAGGGAAAAGUAAUAGAACCUCUGAAAGAUUUUCAUAAAGAUGAAGUGAGAAUUUUGGGCAGAGAACUUGGACUUCCAGAAGAGUUAGUUUCCAGGCAUCCAUUUCCAGGUCCUGGCCUGGCAAUCAGAGUAAUAUGUGCUGAAGAACCUUAUAUUUGUAAGGACUUUCCUGAAACCAACAAUAUUUUGAAAAUAGUAGCUGAUUUUUCCGCAAGUGUUAAAAAGCCACAUACCCUAUUACAGAGAGUCAAAGCCUGCUCAACAGAAGAGGAUCAGGAGAAGCUGAUGCAAAUUACCAGUCUGCAUUCACUGAAUGCCUUCUUGCUGCCAAUUAAAACUGUAGGUGUGCAGGGUGACUGUCGUUCCUACAGUUACGUGUGUGGAAUCUCCAGUAAAGAUGAACCUGACUGGGAAUCACUUAUUUUUCUGGCUAGGCUUAUACCUCGCAUGUGUCACAACGUUAACAGAGUUGUUUAUAUAUUUGGCCCACCAGUUAAAGAACCUCCUACAGAUGUUACUCCCACUUUCUUGACAACAGGGGUGCUCAGUACUUUACGCCAAGCUGAUUUUGAGGCCCAUAACAUUCUCAGGGAGUCUGGGUAUGCUGGGAAAAUCAGCCAGAUGCCAGUGAUUUUGACACCAUUACAUUUUGAUCGGGACCCACUUCAAAAGCAGCCUUCAUGCCAGAGAUCUGUGGUUAUUCGAACCUUUAUUACUAGUGACUUCAUGACUGGUAUACCUGCAACACCUGGCAAUGAGAUCCCUGUAGAGGUGGUAUUAAAGAUGGUCACUGAGAUUAAGAAGAUUCCUGGUAUUUCUCGAAUUAUGUAUGACUUAACAUCAAAGCCCCCAGGAACUACUGAGUGGGAGUAAUAAACUUCUUGUUCUAUUAAA